CCGAAGAAGAUGCUAGUAAACAAGUUAAUAUGCGAGAAGUUGAACACAAUUCGAUUAAAAAUCUGGCUGAAAGAAUGGGAUUAACUAUUGAAGAGAUUGCACCAGAUGGUCAUUGUCUCUAUAAUGCCAUAUCUGAUCAGUUGAGGAUAAAAUAUCAGGUUGAGGCGGACUACAAGAAAAUAAGAAAAGACGUUGCAGAAUACGUGCGUAACAACACUGAGGAAUUUCUACCAUUUAUACAAAAUACGAAAGAUGGAGAAUUGUGCAGUUUAGAACAGUUUCAAAAAUAUUGCGAUGACAUAGAAAAUACCGCGACAUGGGGUGGUGAAAUUGAAAUACGUGCGAUUUCAAAAGUUUACGAAAUUCCAAUUCACGUUGUACAGAUGGGCUCACCGUUGUUAAAAAUGUCUGACGAUGAAUUCUCUGGAAAAGAGCCAAUGAUUAUUUC